UCAUCAUCACAGAGACAAUCGUUAGACUACGUACAAGGCACUGUGGGACCUCCAACGGUGAUGAUGGAUUAUACUUUUGGCGGGUCAAGUGCACGCAUAACUUUCACUCUCCGCUGGUCUCUGCCGUGCUUCUUCACACACCAGCUCGCACUGCCGCAGAACCGCGGUCUUCAUGAUGCGGUUCACCUCCUAUCAGCCGGUCGCAAAGCAAUUGCGUCAGGGUCGUUAUUGCGCAGACACAGCUCCAUCAGCGUGGGAUGUUACCACACCGGGCCAAACCCAAUUUCGAAGUUUCUUCGUUAUAAAACGUGUCCAGUGGUGGCGAAAAUGAAGCAGACCGAUCACGACCAGCAAACCGAACAACUCGUCCGAUAGCGCAGAGCAUCAAACCUAACGUGGCACACAAUUCGUCGGACAACACUAUGCAGAACGUUGCGGUGAUCGCGCUUUGUGUUACUUUUUGGACAUUAUGUACCAUCACCAAUGCUGACGCUGCAGCCCUCUUCACACCCUACCAACCACUACAUCCACUGGAUGAAGGCUACUUCCUACAGGCGCAACAACGAGGAGCUUGCCACUUGGAGACGGGACUGGUGCAAGAGUAUCCUUUCGUGCGCUUUCCCGAUGAACACACGUACGCACACUACAACUACCGUCAUCCGGUUGGUGGAGCUGUAGUGCCGCUACACGUGGCUCCAUAUCACAGCGAGCAGCUGCAACCGUUCUUACCGCCAUCGCACUACGUGACCUUCGUACCCGGGCCGAGCUCACUGGUAGCCUACGUUCCCGUACAGCGUGGCUCCCAAGGUCCCUGGGCAGUACCGAAUGUGUUCAUCAAAGGACAAGGCUACAGCACCAACCAGUACGUCGCUCCGUCGAUAAUGAAGAAACUCCUAGGGCAGGAUCCUCGGUGA